GCGCAUAUAUAUCCAUACUGCGCCUCCUCCUUAAUCCUACCUCCUUUGCCGUCUACAUAGCCGUCUCCUUGCCUAACCUGCCUUCGAAAAGCUUCAGCAUAAGAUCUUAAGGUGGGUAUAUACUCUACAAUGGCCACAACUCCGCAGAGGCCGCCGCAGCUACUCCACAAUUUCCAUCUGCCCCGGUUGAAUUGGGGCCACAACUCUACCUCCAACCACCGCUUCCGCCGCCGCGACUCUUCCAGGUCAAUGGAUGACUCUCGAGUGAUCCCCCCCAAGGAAAACGUCAACCACCACCGCUCUUCAACCGAAAACGGGGGUCCCGACUCCGAGCUCCUUCCGACCGGAUCAUACCCCCUGUUCUCAUCGCCCCCUUGCUCCGCCGGAAAGCACCGUGCACGGAUCCCGAACGGAGAAGAAACCCAGCAGGAAGAACAAAACGGCGCAGUGGAGAUCCCAGAUGAAGGAGAGACGAGGACGUGGAAUCUGAGACCGAGAAAGGCGAGCGCAGCGGCGUCGUUUAGGAAUGGUGAAAUGCAGGAAGUUGAGGAAGGGAAUCAUUCUGCGGAUAAUAAGAAGCUAUUGAUCUCCCUGUCGAAGGAGGAGAUUGAGGAAGACGUUUAUUCCUUGACCGGGUCGAGACCCGCCCGCCGGCCCAAGAAACGGCCCAGAAACGUGCAGAAGCUACUCAAUAAUGUUUUUCCUGGAAUAUAUUUGGUGGGACUCUCUGCUGCCUCCUAUCGAGCUCAUGAGUCACAGGUGAAGUCUCUUCCAAAGGUGUUUAUUGUUGGAAAAUGAAUGUUUCGAACAGUGGCAUAUUUAGGAUUUUGACUUUGGGUUUUCAAUUUGUUUCUGCAAUCAAAUCUUUCAACAACAAUAAACAAGUACACUGAAUUUAUACAUAUAUAUACUAGUACUAGCAUGUUUUCAAAAUUUUAAGUGUUUAGGAGACCACCUUUGAUAUAUGGUGGCUCCCCCACUGAUUUAGAACAUAUGGAGUAAUAUUUAAUGGAGUAGUUUUAGAUAUGAGAAGAAGCUAAUUUUGGAAAAAUAUUUUGUCAGAAGCUUUCAGAGAAGAUACUAAUAAGGCUGCACAUUUUGCUUAACCAAAGUCUUAAUUUGAACUACUCAAGUUUAUUUUCCAACAUAUAUACUAUAGUAACUCAUAAUUGGAUGCAUAACACAAUAAAAGAUUGAAUCCAAUCAAGUAGUCAGAGCUGCUCCUUUAGCCUAAUCUUUGUAGAAGUGGUAAGUUUGGCAUGUAUAGAAGUGGUUAGAAGUGGUAUGCUUAUGUUAUUAUCAUGUAAGUUUGGUAUGUUUUGAAGUGGCUGGAUAUGGUCUGAUAUUAUUUGAGUCCGGCCUGGUCUGAUUUGUUAUGUUCUUGUUUGGUUUGUUAAGUCCUGUCUAGUCUAGACUUAUGAACUUGUACAUCUCUUUUGAUUCCUUCAAUGCGGACUCUCUUAACAUUCCUGCAUUCUCUUGACAAUGAGUUGAGGAAAGGAAGUGUUUGUUAAUGCAGAUGUAGGGGUGUAUGUGACAUGGAGAAGGAAGGUAGGUGAAAUCUUGACAAAGGUGUGCUUUACCAACCUGUUAGGUGACAAUGUCUGUGUUAAACGCAAUGUAUCCCUUAGUCUUUUUAUUUUCCUCUUAGUCCUUGCUGAAAUUCUUUCUUGAGUGAAAUCAGAUCAUAAUACAGAGUUUGAUUGAUAUCGUGAAGAUUGGAGAACUUCAGACUUGAUUACAAUUAUGCCUCAAUUGGAGGUAUAUAUAUAGAUAGUAUAUACGUAGUAUUUAUUAUAUGCAGAUCCCAUCUUGUGUCAGGGUUUUAGUUAAGAAGGGAGAUUUGUAGAUUUUCUUGUUUGUGAAUGUAAAUGACAUUGGUCAGUGAUAGAUUUGAUUAUGUAGUAUAUGAACAUUUAAAUCCAUACCAUUAUUACAACGACAUUUUAGUA